CGCGAUUAUUACGAGGAAGCGAGUCCCGAGGACGGGGCUGCGGUGACGCCACGCCAACUCCGCCCCCUCCGGCCCGGCGGUCUGUCCCGCGGUCUCUGGUCGUCGCUCUGCGCGUCGGCUUCGCGGUUCCUCCCGGACGCGGGCUUCGCGAGGUGCGCGUGGCUGGUGUGUGAGCUCGGAGCCAGUGGGACAAGCACCAUCCGACCCCGCGGCCCGGGAAACUAAAAAAACCCUUCUCAAGGCAGAAGUGGGUUUUGUGAUCAUUCAAACCCAAGAUGAUGACAGAGUCCAAGAAAGCUGCAGCUCAGAAUUCUCAGGAGGAUGAAGGGCUUCUGAGAGUGAAGGUAAAGGAGGAAGAUUUUGUCUGGGGGCAGGACGCUUGCUCAGAGAGAAGUGAUUUUCUCAAGCAGGAGCUGUGCCGGCAGCUGUUCAGGCAUUUCAGCUACCACGAAGCACCUGGGCCCCGCCAGGCACUGUGCCGGCUCCGUGAGCUCUGUGGGCUGUGGCUACAGCCUGAGACGCACAGCAAGGAGCAGAUGCUGGAGCUGCUGGUGCUGGAGCAGCUCCUGAGCAUCCUGCCCGUGGAGCUGCAGGCCCUGGUGCGAGAGCAGUGCCCGAGGAGUGGGGAGGAGGUGGUGACAGCGCUGGAAGAUGAGAGAGGCAGCGGUGAAGCUGUGCUCCAGGUUCCAGUCCCUGGGCACGGGCAGGAAAUACUCAGGAGAAAGGUUGCACCUCCUGGACCAGCAUUGACUGACCAGCUCCAGCCAGCGGACACCAAGGACCUUCAGGGUUCUUCAGAACGCCCUCUCCCAUGGGACUUCGAUAAUGAGAGUGAAAACAAUGAGUCUCUGUCAAGUCUGGACGUUCAUGAAAACACAGGUUCACAGAGAAUUGUAUCAGGACAGCCUUCGACAUUUGCAUCAGAGGAGUCUGCUGAACCUUGGGACAUCCUCAAGUCUGCAGGGCAGAUAAAGCAGCAACAGGAAAAUGAACCUGGGGAGUCCUGGAGACCGUCGUCUGCUCAGGAUGGAGGUUUUAGCAAAGUCCUCACCCACAAAAAUAUACCUUCAGGUGAAAUAAUAAGUCACAAUGGAUGUGACAGAAGCAUAAACCUGAACCCAAAUGAAUUUAUACACCACAAAUCUUGUAAACACAGUACCUAUGACCAAAGUCUCAUGUGGAAUUCAGGUUUUAUUAUGCAUCAAAGAAUUUAUGUUGGAGGAAAAACUCCCCAAUGUGGAAAAUCUCUCAAGCACUCAAACCUUAUUAAACAGACAGCACUUUUCAGUGGAGAGAAAACCCAUCAAUGUAGUGAGUGUGGGAAAGCUUUCAGGCACAGCUCAAAGCUUACUAGACACCAGAAAAUCCACACUGGAGAGAGACCCUAUGAGUGUAACGAGUGUGGAAAAGGCUUUGGGGGGAGAUCAGAUCUCAUUAGACACCAGAGAAUCCACUCUGGGGAGAGACCCUUUGAAUGCAAAGAAUGUGGAAGAGCCUUCAGCCUGAACUCACACCUCAUCCUGCAUCAGAGAAUCCACACCAGAGAGAAACCCUAUGCAUGCAGUGAGUGUGGGAAAACAUUCAGGGUGAGCUCACACCUUAUUCGACACCUGAGAGUCCACACUGGAGAGAAACCCUAUGCGUGCAAUGAGUGCGGAAAAGCCUUCAGUCAGAGCUCGCACCUCAGCCAACAUCGGAGAAUUCACAAGAGGGAAAGCCUAUUAAUGUGAGGAACUUAAAUUCCUAUGGAAUGCUAAGAAAAUAGCAAAAUGUGGGAAACAUUGAAUGCAAAGUAAAUCCUGGGUAGGGUGUGUAACAGAACAGCCAGAGUCUCUUCCCUCCCUCUGGUCCUCUCAUAUGUGAUCCUGCCUGUGGUCUGUCCUCUGUUUGCUUUCUGAGAGGCUGGGCUGCCAAUCCAGAAGAGCAGAGUUGGGGGAGGCGAGUAAAUAGGUUAGUCCAGCAGUGGAGAAAGGACAAAGAAGGGCCUUAGAAAAUAACCAUGACCACAGAGUGGGGGGGACUCAGAGUGAGGGUGAUCCUCAGCCCCACGUAGUGGUUCUGCACAAGGCUGCUCUGCAACAGGACAGACCGGAGGGUUGUGUAAGGGGACUCGGCAGGUGGCCUUCUGACAAGUAGGGUGUAAUCUGCGUCCAGGUUGUGCCAGGAAGUACACCCAAGGCAAGAGGUGGGAGUCAGAGAUUCCAACAGAACGGGGGAGUGGAAGGAAAUGAGGCAAGAGGUGGGGGCAGAGGUGAGCAAUGUGUUCAAGUGGGAGGGAACCUAGAUCUGGAGGAGAUGGAUGCAGUCCUGUGACCGGAACCUUCCUGCCGCGUGUGCUGGGGGUUUGUGGACACCUUCCUGGGCUGGAUGGACAGACUGCAGUGCGGGGCCUCUCAACUGGCCACUGAAAAGUGAGGGCAGGGUGAGUUGGUAGCAAAAACAAAGGCUCUGAAACUUUAAACCAGCACAGGAGUGCAUUGGUUCUAUAUUCCUUGCACGUGUUCCCAUUUAUCCUGUGAUGCCCUGGUGAAUGGUAGAGUAGUGGUUAUCCUCAUUUGGUUGAAAAAAGUUUUGAGUUAAAAGGAGUUCGGCAACUUGUCAACAGUUACAAGAUUAUGAGGUGAAAAGACGGAUUCAGCUGCUCAUCUGGAGACACUAAGCCAGUACCCAAGGUGGCCUGGCCUGCUGCAGAGUAGUUUUAUGACUGCUUGUCUAAAGGAUCAUCUCCAUUCCAAGGUUUGGCUUUGGAAAAAUUGCCGUGUCCAAAGGACACGACCUUCAAGCUUCUCUUGCUCAUAUCCAGGGCAUCUUAUUACUAAAUCCUCAAUGAAACUGCCAGUGUGCAGUCAUGAGGACAGUCUGGUACCUUCUCAGAGUUGAGCCACCUGGAACCUUUCCCACUCUCAUCACAUAUGAGGACUUUCUUUCCUCUGGAUUCUCAAAUGCUGGGAGAGGCCAGUGCUUUCGAUAGAAGCUUUCCUGUAUUCUUCACUGUGGCAGAGAGUUUCAGGGGAGCAACAAAAGUAGGUUUUCUCACACUUACUAUGGUGAUAACUACAGUUCUCUUAACUUGAGUUCUCUCUUGUCCUGAUUAUAGGCUUUCCCACAAUACAAUUUCCCCUGUGUUUGAUAAGAUUUGUGUUUCAGGUGGGAUUUUCCCAACAUUUAUCACCUGUUUGAGGCAGUUGCCUUCCUCGUAUCCCCAGUGACUCGUGCAGGUCUCGCCUCAAAGGUAGUGAUUGCUGUCACCACAUCCCUGAGUGCCCAGAAGGCCCUGAGCUUGGCUUAAUGCUGUUGUCCCAGCCUUAAAACGCAUUCUGUCUUUGUUGUUUUUAUUAAUGGUCACCCAAGGAUAUCUUUCCCCAUAGAUUUUUAGAGUGGAAGGGAGGUAGGGUGGGGGAGGGGGAAGAAAGAGAGAGAGGCAUUGAGAA